AAUAUAUGGAGAAUCCUACCAUCCCAUAAACUCUUUAAUUCUUCUAUAAAAGCUCACCACCACUCUUCAUCCGAAUCUCACUCAUUCUCGCUAACUCUUUCUCUUCUUAAUUAGCUUUCUCUUCUUAAUUAGCUUUCUCUUCUUCCUAUAAUUAUUUUUCGUUCUUCACAUACAAAGAACAAAACAACAACAACUGUAAUCAUGCUUGUCUAUCAAGAUCUGCUUACCGGUGAUGAGCUUCUCUCUGACUCAUUCCCCUACAAGGAAAUUGAGAAUGGAAUGUUGUGGGAAGUGGAAGGAAAGUGGGUGGUUCAAGGAGCUGUGGAUGUAGACAUCGGUGCUAAUCCCUCUGCUGAGGGUGGGGACGAGGAUGAGGGUGUUGAUGAUCAAGCCGUUAAAGUGGUUGAUAUUGUUGACACUUUCAGACUUCAGGAACAACCUUCUUUUGAUAAGAAGCAAUUUGUUACUUACAUGAAGAGAUAUAUUAAGUUGUUGACACCUAAAUUAGACCAAGAAAAGCAAGAGUUGUUUAAGAAGCACAUUGAAGCAGCAACUAAGUUCCUCCUCCCAAAACUAAGUGACCUUCAAUUUUUUGUGGGUGAGAGCAUGCAUGAUGAUGGAAGCCUUGUGUUUGCUUACUACAAGGAUGGUGCCACUGAUCCAACUUUUAUUUACUUUGCACAUGGCUUGAAGGAAAUCAAGUGUUGAGCACAUGACCAUUUAGUUAAUCCCGUUUGGCUGAGAAAGUUUAUGUUAUUAAUUUUAGUCCUAAAGUGAUUUUGGGUUUUUGCUUUUGAUACAAUUUAAUCCAGUUUUUAUGAGUUUAGGAGGUUGUUUUAAUAGUUACAUUCUUAUAUCCUUAUGAGAGCAGCAACAUGUUAUUAUCAUUAUAAUAAAUUUAUUAGAUGGUUUUAGUCCAU